AUGGCCAAGUCUGAUAAUGUUCAAGAAACUUCCGCUGUCCGACUUCUUAUUAAUGUCGACAAACUUCAAGAGUAUUUAGCUUCAGAGAUACCCGAGUUUCAAGCUCCUUUAGAGGUUAGACAGUUCAAUUAUGGUCAAAGUAAUCCUACGUACCUUCUUAUUGAUGCAAGUAAAAAGCGAUAUGUUCUUCGAAAAAAACCUUCAGGUACUCUUUUAUCGACUACUGCUCACGCUGUUGAACGUGAAUUUCGAAUACUUGAUGCACUAAGCCGCAACACUGACAUUCCUGUGCCUCAGGUUUAUCUGCUUUGUGAAAAUAAAAGUAUAAUUGGGACUCCAUUUUAUGUAAGAAACAUGAAGACUAUUUUCGUUCUUUGUAAUGCAUUCAUUAAUCAUACAAAAUCAACAAAACGAAAAAAGGUGAUGGAAUUUCUCAAAGGUCGAAUUUUCAAAGAUGCAUCAUUUUCGUCUCUUUCACCGAACGACUGUAAGCAAUGUUGGUAUUCGGCUAUAGACACUUUGGCCAAGCUUCAUUCCGUUGAUUAUAAAUCCAUUGGACUGGAAGGCUAUGGCAAACCUUCUGGAUUUUAUUCUCGGCAGAUCCGUUCAUUACUCAAGGUUACUGCCGUACAAGCAGCUGUUCGAGACGAAAAUGGGGUAGCGGUUGGCGAAAUUCCCAGAUUAGAUGAAAUAAUAAAAUGGCUCAAAAGAAACGAACUUCCUGAUGAAACUACAAUUGUGCAUGGAGAUUAUAAGAUAGACAAUCUGGUCUAUCAUCCAACCGAAUCGCGCGUCAUUGGAAUAUUGGAUUGGGAAUUGUCUACAAUCGGGCAUCCGAUGUCAGAUGUUGCAAAUCUUCUCAUGCAUUAUUAUGUAAGACAAGGUGCUUUUGAAUUUAUCCCUGGUUUCAUCGGCGCCAAAGAUAUUAACGUACCGUCUUUGGAGGAUUUGAUGCAACGUUAUUGCGAGAAAACAAAAAGACCGUAUCCAAUCAAAAAAUAUGAUUUCGCAGUAGUGUUUAGUUUUUUUAGGUUCUGUGUUAUUUCCCAAGGUAUCGAUGCUCGUGUUGCAUUAAAACAAUCGAGUUCAGCAGAGGCGAAAAAGUUUAGUGGCAUAUUCAAGAAAAGUGCAGCAUGGGCACUCGAAAUAAUAGAUCGUGGUGAUUUGGUCACUCAAAGCAGACUUUGA